AUGCUUCGACGCAGUCGCCACCUCCUGCGCCCACUGGCGCGUCGCAGCGCUGCGCUGUCCCCACCGGCCGCCGCUCAGUGUCUGUCGACGACUCCUCUCAUGGGACGUGUGACCGCUGCAUCCACGUCCCGCCGGAACCCGUUCUUGGCGCGCACGGGCGCGUUGCGGUCGAUGUUUAUCCAGUCAGAGCCGACGCCGAACCCAUCGAGUGUCAAGUUUCUGCCUGGACGGGCGGUGCUGGACGACCGCUUUUCCACGGGUGUGGACUUUACGCCUCGGUCGGAUGAGGUUCGCCGCUCGCCGUUGGCCAAGAAACUGUUCCAGAUUGAGGGCGUGACGCGCGUGUUCUUUGGGAAGGAUUUCAUUUCCAUUACCAAGGCAGAAGAGGAGGACUGGGACGCUCUGAAUGCUGACAUUUUUGCGACGAUCAUGGACUUCUUUGCGUCUGGUGAGGACGUCAUGUCGGACGAGGCUGUUGUCACGGACACGACGAUUCUGCCGGAAGACGACGAAGUGGUGGCCAUGAUCAAGGAGCUGCUGGAGCAGCGCAUUCGGCCUUCUGUGCAAGACGACGGUGGCGACAUUUUCUACAAGGGGUUUGACGAGCAUACAGGCAUGGUAAAGGUCCAACUGGCGGGCUCGUGCGCAGGCUGCCCGAGCUCGUCGGUCACACUCAAGGAUGGUGUGGAGAAUAUGCUGAAGCACUAUAUCCCAGAAGUGCGUGGCAUCGAGGAGUACGUUGACGAAGAGCUGAAUGCAGUGAAUGACGAAGAGUUUCGCACGCUGGAAGAGAAGCUGCGAUCUGUCGGCAUACCCAGUGAGUAG